CACUUGCAUCGCCCCGGAGGCGCGGUGGACGAGACGACGGCGAUGGCCGGAAAGGAUGAGGCGGAAGGGCUCGAGGCGAGGCUGCUGCUGCUGCCGCCUGAGGCGGCGGCGGAGGAGCCGACGAGGUGUGGCGGCGGCGACGGCGGCGGCGGCGGGAGGAAGCGGAAGAAGACGUACCUUGAUGUCCUUGGCGUGUGCUGCUCCGCGGAGGUCGCGCUGGUGGAGCGGCUGCUCGCGCCGCUCGACGGCGUCCGCGUGGUGUCCGUCGUCGUGGCGUCCCGCACCGUCGUCGUCGAGCACGACCCCGCCGCCGCCCCGGAGUCCGCCAUCGUGAAGGCGCUGAACAAGGCCGGCCUCGAGGCGUCGGUGCGAGCCUACGGCAGCAGCGGCGUGGUCAGCCGGUGGCCGAGCCCGUACAUCGUCGCCUCCGGCGUCCUCCUCACGGCGUCCUUCUUCGAGUGGCUCUUCCCUCCCCUGCAGUGCCUGGCCGUGGCGGCCGUCGUCGCCGGCGCGCCGCCGAUGGUGCGCCGUGGGUUCGCCGCGGCGAGCCGGCUGUCGCUCGACAUCAACGUCCUCAUGCUCAUCGCCGUCGCCGGCGCGCUCUGCCUCGGCGACUACACGGAGGCCGGCGCCAUCGUCUUCCUCUUCACCACCGCAGAAUGGCUCGAGACGCUGGCCUGCACAAAGGCGAGCGCCGGGAUGUCGUCGUUGAUGGGCAUGCUGCCGGUGAAGGCGGUCAUCGCGACGACGGGCGAGGUUGUCAGCGUGCGCGACGUCCGCGUGGGCGACGUCGUCGCGGUCAGGGCCGGCGAGAUCGUCCCCGUCGACGGCGUGGUGGUCGACGGCCAGAGCGAGGUCGACGAGAGGAGCCUCACCGGCGAGUCCUUCCCGGUGCCGAAGCAGCCGCACUCCGAGGUCUGGGCCGGCACAAUGAACUUUGACGGUUACAUUGCUGUGAGAACUACGGCUCUCGCCGAGAACUCGACGGUGGCGAAGAUGGAGAGGCUGGUGGAGGCGGCGCAGAACAGCAGGUCGAAGACGCAGCGGCUGAUCGAUUCGUGCGCAAAGUACUACACGCCGGCCGUGGUGGUUGUUGCAGCAGGAGUGGCCCUGAUCCCGGCUCUGCUCGGAGCAGAUGGCCUUGAGCAAUGGUGGAAGCUGGCUCUGGUGAUGCUUGUGAGCGCGUGCCCCUGCGCAUUAGUGCUGUCGACACCGGUGGCAUCCUUCUGCGCAAUGCUGCGCGCUGCGAGGAUGGGGAUCUUCAUCAAGGGUGGAGAUGUUCUUGAAUCACUUGGGGAGAUCAGGGCCGUCGCGUUCGACAAGACCGGGACGAUCACCAGAGGAGAGUUCAGCAUCGACUCGUUCCAUCUGGUUGGGGAUCACAAGGUUGAGAUGGAUCAUCUUCUUUACUGGAUUGCAAGCAUUGAGAGCAAGUCAAGCCACCCAAUGGCAGCUGCACUUGUGGAGUAUGCUCAAUCCAAAUCCAUCCAACCAAACCCGGAAAAUGUGGGCGAUUUUCGGAUAUAUCCCGGGGAGGGGAUCUAUGGAGAGAUCCAUGGAAAGCACAUCUACAUUGGGAACAGAAGGACAUUGGCAAGAGCGUCAUCACCUCAGUCAACUCAAGAAAUGGGUGAGAUGAUCAAGGGCGUGUCGAUCGGCUACGUGAUCUGCGACGGCGAGCUCGCCGGCGUCUUCUCGCUCUCCGACGACUGCCGGACCGGCGCGGCGGAGGCGAUCCGGGAGCUUGGAUCGCUGGGCAUCAAGUCGGUUAUGCUGACCGGGGACAGCAGCGCGGCGGCGACGCACGCGCAGGGCCAGCUCGGCGGCGUCAUGGAGGAGCUCCACUCCGAGCUCCUCCCGGAGGACAAGGUCCGGCUCGUCAGCGGCCUCAAGGCGAGGUUCGGCCCGACGAUGAUGGUCGGGGACGGGAUGAACGACGCGGCGGCGCUGGCGGCGGCGGACGUGGGCGUGUCCAUGGGCAUCUCCGGGUCGGCGGCGGCGAUGGAGACCAGCCACGCGACGCUCAUGUCGAGCGACGUGCUCAGGGUCCCCGAGGCCGUCAGGCUCGGCCGGUGCGCCCGCCGGACCAUCGCCGUCAACGUGGCCGGCUCGGUGGCCGUGAAGGCCGCCGUGCUCGCGCUGGCCGCGGCGUGGCGCCCCGUGCUCUGGGCCGCCGUGCUCGCCGACGUCGGGACGUGCCUCCUCGUCGUGCUCAACAGCAUGACGCUGCUCAGGGAGGAGUGGAAGGGCGGCGCCAAGGAGGACGGCGCGUGCCGCGCCACGGCGAGGUCGCUGGUGAUGAGGUCCCAGCUCGCCGCCGACUCCCAAGCACCCAACGCCGCAGACGCUGGCGCCGCCGGCCGUGAGCAAACGAACGGCUGCCGUUGCUGUCCGAAGCCGGGCAUGUCGCCCGAGCACUCGGUUGUCAUCGACAUCCGAGCCGACGGCGAGCGUCAAGAAGAGCGGCCGGCCGAGGCGGCCGUCGUUGCCAAAUGUUGCGGCGGAGGCGGCGGCGAGGGCAUCCGCUGCGGAGCCUCCAAGAAGCCAACUGCAACGGUCGUUGUUGCCAAAUGUUGCGGGGGCGGCGGCGGCGGCGAGGGCACCAGGUGCGGCGCGUCCAAGAAUCCGGCAACGGCGGCCGUCGUUGCCAAAUGUUGCAGCGGAGGCGGCGGCGAGGGCAUCGGCUGCGGAGCCUCCAAGAAGCCAACUGCAACGGCCGUUGUUGCCAAAUGUUGCGGCGGCGGCGGCGAGGGCACCAGGUGCGCCGCGUCCAAGAAGCCGGCAACGGCGGCCGUCGUUGCCAAAUGUUGCGGUGGCGAUGGCGGCGAGGGCACCGGAUGUGGUGCCUCCAAGAGGUCGCCGCCGGCUGAGGGAAGCUGCAGCGGCGGUGAAGGCGGUACCAAUGGUGUUGGUCGUUGCUGCACGAGCGUGAAGAGGCCAACCUGUUGCGACAUGGGAGCGGCGGAGGUGUCCGAUUCUUCGCCGGAGACGGCGAAAGACUGCAGAAAUGGGAGGUGUUGCGCGAAGACGAUGAACUCCGGUGAAGUGAAAGGAUGAUGUUGCAAGAUUGACCAGUAAUUCACUCUACGAAAUGUUAAGUUUUAACUGAUCAUUAUUGUGUCAUUUUCCUUGGGCUGAAAUCAUCUUGUAAUGCAUCAAUGAUUGUUGUACAGUACUAGUAUCAUUGAAAACUGCCAAAUAACAUGUAACAUUCGAAAUCCUUUUUUUCAAUGUUGAUACGUAGUUCACGAUUGCAUA